AUGGUGAAUGAGGAGGACAAAGGCUGCUGCCCUGUAGGGGCACGGCUCUGUGCUGGUACAGCUACAGGCUACAUACAGAACUGCCCAGUGCAGCAUGGCAUGGAGUGCCCCAUUCCCAUGUUUGUUGCUCAUCCUGGGGAGCAGACUUUGGGGCUUGUGCUGUCUGUAGAAGUUGUCAACCUCAGGAUACACCCAGGGCUCAUCAUUCUUUACCAGCUGGUCUACCACCUGAGUGAUGCACCAUCACGCGUUCAUUCCUGUUGCCCCCAAACUGACUCCCAGCAGGAGCCAGGAAAGCCGACCUCUGCUGAGGCUGAGUCUGAGCAGGAACUGCGGUGGCUGGAGCUAGGUUCCGAGGUGGUCCUGGAAGCCGGGAAGGAGGGUGCUUAUGCCCCACAGGGCUGGGGUCCCCUGUUCAAGGCCGUGUGGCUGGGUCAGGUAGGCCUGGUGACGCAGCUGCUGCGGCAGGGGGCCAGAGUGGAAGACAGGGACGGCGCCGGCCGCAGCCCACUCCACCUGGCUGUGCUGCGCGGCCACGCUCCCCUCGUGGGCCUCCUGCUGCGGCGUGGGGCCCUGGCAAACGUCCCGGACAGCGCGGGGCGCACGCCGCUGCACGAGGCCGCCUGGCCUGGACACUCGCGACUGGCCGAGCUGCUGCUGCGGCGCGGGGCCCAGGCAACAGCGCGCUGCGCGGCUGGCCUCACGCCGCUGCACUGGGCCGCCGCGCUAGGCCGCCCUCUGUUGGCCAACCGUCUGCUGGGUGCGCCGGGCCCGGAUCCUGCGGCGCUGGCAGCCCUGACCGACGCUCAUGGCUGGACGGCGGCGCACUGGGCGGCGGCAGGAGGCCAGCUGCCGAUGCUCGACCUGUUGCUAGCCGCGUGUGGCGGGGACCCAGACGGCGCGCUGCAUGUGGCGGCCACGGCCGGCCGCGGGACGGCUCUCCGCCUCCUCCUGGAGCGCGGGGCGCGCGUGGACGCCCGGGACAGCGCGGGGGCCACGGCACUUGCCAUCGCGGCCGCCCUGGGCCGCCAGCAGGAUGUAGAGUUGCUGCUUAGCCAUGGGGCAGACCCCAGACUUCGAGACAAGCAUGGCCGCUCUGCACUUCACAGGGCUGCUGCCGCUGGACACCUGGCCGUGGUUCAGCUACUAGUGACCCACAGUGCCGAGGUGGACUCUCAGGACUCUCUGAGCCUCACGCCCCUGCACCACGCUGCUCGGGGAGGACACAUGGAGGUUGUUAGCCACCUUCUGGACGAGGGUGCGCAGGUGAACGCUGUAGGCUGGCUUCACAUGACUCCCUUGCACUUCUCUGUGGAGUCACGCCAGGGCCCCACCACAGAGCUUUUGCUGAGUCGAGGGGCCAGCUCCACCCUGAGGACACAGUGGGGUGAGGUAGCCCAGGACCUAAGACCUGAGAGGACCUUUUGGCAGGGAGCAGAAGGAGUGGUAGGGGGCACAUAG